AUGUCACACAACCAGCAGGCCGCACAGCCAUCGUCGUCACGCACACAGGUGAUUGAACGGGAGGCGUCUCCAGGUGUUCUGACCGUACGAGGAGCCGCCGAAGACGAAGACUCCAACGUUCGAUUUACAGAGGAAGUCGUGGACAACGAACACAUGGACAAGAAGAAGUCGAAAAUCUGUUGCAUCUACCACCCGCCGGCCGAGUUUGGCGAGUCGUCCGAGGAAGAAUCGUGUGGCUCUGACGAUUCUGGACCCGAAUCCGAUGAGGGAGAUAUUCCUAAUGCCCGAAAACCCAAGAAGAAGAACAAGGGCAAGUGCGGAGGACACAGAGACCCUUCUCCCAAUGCGUACGAGCGAAAGCCACGACCCAAGAAGAACUAA